GCACAGGAGAUGCUGCAGGCUGCUAUUCAAACAAAGGUGGUCCCAAAUCAGGAGUACCUGCUGCAGGGUAGUGUUCUAGACAGCGCCAAAGACGUGCUGAUCCACCGCCUGCGCGGUCUAGCCGACAACGUGGACGAGCAGGUGGAGACGUUCCACGACCGCGAGAGGGUGCUCACCCUGGGCCCAGCGGGCGGUCAGUCGCUGACGCUGUACGUCAGGCAGGCCGUCGACCAUCCGGACGUGCCUUGGACCAUGCGCUACAUCGGCCAGCCCGAAGUGGGUGACAAGAGCCGCCCGACCGUGCUGCGAAACAGCAUCGAUGUUGGCUGCACCCCGAACGUGCUGGAGUUCCUCUCGGAGAUGGGCUUCAAGCAGGAGUACGAGUACAUGAGCAAAGGCUUCAUGUUUCGCAAGGGACGUAUGAAGAUUCUGGUCUACAAGAUAUACAAAAACAAGUCGUCGGAGAGCUGGGAGCCGGUCGGUAUGUCGCACCUGGUCGAGCUGAGCGUGCUGGCGCCGCAGGGCCACGACGCCGUCGCUGAGGAUGUGCGCAACUUCGCCGAGCAGCUCAAGCCGCUGGUGCAGCUGGAGAAGACCGACUACCGCCGGCUGUGAGCGGCCCGGCGGCGGUUUGUGGCCAGCGAGCUCUGGCUGUGGGCUGCCUGACCGCUGCCGAUGGUCGUCCGCAGCCGGCUGUGGUCUGUCGGACCGCUGCCGAUGGUCAUCCGCAGCCGGCUGUGGUCUGUCGGACCGCUGCCGAUGGUCGUCCGCAGCCGGCUGUGGUCUGUCGGACCGCUGCCGAUGGUCAUCCAUUGCCGGCUGUGGUCUGUCGGACCGCUGCCGAUGGUCGUCGCAGCCGGCUGUGGUCUGUCGGACCGCUGCCGAUGGUCAGCCGCAGCCGGCUGUGGUCUAUUGGACUGCUGCCGAUGGUCGUCCACAGCCGGCUGUGGUCUAUUGGACUGCUGCCGAUGGUGGGCCGUGACCUGUCCUCCGGUGGUUCUGACCCGCUCGGCGCGUGGCGACCCUUCCGCCGCUGCGUCUUAGCGCGAGGUGGACCAGCGGGGCUCCGCCAGCGACCCUGAGCCCUGGGGCGCUCGCCGUGCAGACCGCCACAGUCUGUGACACGCGCUGACGGAAGAUGGCGUAUCUAUGGCGGGGGCCCAGGACCGUGUGAGGGCGUGCGUUGUCGGCGCGGGGAGGUUCGGUCCGGCGUGGCGCGGCCUGGAAUUGUGUCAGCUACGUUCUCAUCACAUCAUUUGUAAAUAUAGUUCAAGGUCGGCUCAUUCGUCAUCGCUGUUUUUUCACCUUGUGAGCACACGGAGUGUCAUGGUGCAUUGCCAUUGUUUUACAUACGAUCGAAGCUGAUGCCAGUGAUCUGUUGCGGUAUUGUAACUGAGUCCUACGGAUUCUUGCAAUAAAGGCAGUCUGUGUUGCGAUA